UUUACUUUUAGUUUUCUUACUUGUACGGUCAGUUUUGACUUCAUUCUGAAAUUGUGUUGUGGUAAUUGGUUAAAUAUAUAUAUUUUUGUAUUGAACAGGAUUCUUCCACAGAAAUGUCAAGUUGAACUGACAUUUUACCCAUUUUAAAUGUCUACAGACAUCACGAAAUGGCCCUGUUCGUCUUCAUUAUCUUUCAUCUUUUACUGGAGGUUAAAUCGCAAAAUUUGCCACAGGCCAAGCUGACAAUAUUUCCAACAUUUGCUACUGAUGAAGAGGUGCAGAUGGUCUGUGGAGGUCAUGAGAAUCAGCACAUGUCUGAGUGCAUGUUUUACCCUGCCGGACAGGAGAACUUUAUAAAACCAAGUGCAUCGUGUAACUUCUCCAUUACCGUUGCCGAUCUAAUCGCAUGGUCACAAGAUCAAGAGAGUUCAUAUGUCAACAUAUCCUGCUACUAUACUGUGCAUGACUUAGAAAAAAACACAACAUCACCUCAUUCUGACAUAGUCUCAGUAAGGGUCAGAGGUUUGGCCUCCAUGCCAACUUUGCCACCAGAGGGCAGCCCAGCUACAAUGAUUCCCAAUGGAACCAUUCAAGCGAAUUUGUCCACUGUGUCAACAAUAAACACAACACCUUUCACUGUAACAUCCAGUACUGAAAACACAACAGAUCCGAUAACCAAUAUGUCCAGUCUAACUACCAGUGACAGCAAUAUUUUAACAGAUCCUGCAAAUGAAUUCCCUGUGACGACUGGAGGCCCUGAAAUCAAAAAGUACUCAAAUACAAAAAUGUUUUAUUUUAUUGCUGUGGUUGCAAGUGGUGGAGGAAUUGUACUGACUGGACUCGUGGGCAUCUGUUUGUUCGGAUGUACACGAAAGUCAAAGGCAGAAAGGAUUUGGAUCGAAUUCAACGGCAAAAAACAAGGACAUUCUUUACCAAUGGCCAGUUCAGACUUAUCUGCAGAGGAUGAUACAGUGCUUUACUCAGUUGUUAACUUCCCCCAAUCCCCCUCUCAACCACCAGGAAACAGAGAAGAAUCAGUGCAAACUGAGGUUGAACCGAAUCAAUUGUAUUACACCAUCCUCACCAAACCGGAUGUUUCCAGUAAAAACAGGACUCUUUACAGUCAGCUGAAGGUCCGCUGAGAGAAUACAACUCUGCCUGAGCAGAACUGAUCAAUCUUAAUUUUCAACAGGCUUUAAAGGGGUCAUCAGAUGCCCAUUUUCCACAAGUUGAUAUGAUUCUUUAGGGUCUUAAUGAAAAGUCUAUAAUAUACUUUGGUUAAAAAUUCUCAGUGGUUACCUUGUCAAAAUGAGCUCUGCAAAAAUCAUCUCAUUUUGGUCAAGGUUGCUUUAAAUGCAAAUGAGCUCUGCUCGCCCUGCCCCUCUCUUCUCUCUGUGGAAAGACGAGCCAGUUUACUUUAGCCGCAUUUAGACGCUAAAUUUGCUAACUAGCACUUUAUUAGGAAAGGCAAUCGCAAAGAUUCAUAAAAAAACCCUUAUACUCACUUCUGCUGUAAGUGAAGCUGGAACAUGAAUAAUUCGCGCGAACAUAGACGGAUAUAUGUAGAUCGGGAGGCGCAUUCCCUUCACAAACAAAUGUAAUCCACUGCAUCUUCAGCUGCUCAGAUGUCGGGAGUAAAUGACGACCCCUACAUUCAUUAUUACAUCCAGCAACAUCUCAGUCACUUAAUCAGAGAUAUUCUUGUCUAACUUACAUCCCUGCUCCGACAUCAAAACAAAAGAGGGCAGACUGUUCCAGGUGAUCUGAGGUAAAACACUCAUGUCAAUCAACUAUCGUGGGAGCGGCCUCUGUCGGUGUGACACCACAACGACAGGCAUCUGAGAACGGCUCGAUUUGAAAAAGGGGAUAUUAUUGUUACAGAUUAAAAACCACUGCAGUGUACAUACACUGCCAACACACAUUAAUGUUCAAACAACAUGUAAAAGUGAACUUAGCGUCCGAUGACCCCUUUAAUCCUCCAUAGCAAAUACCUUUUAUUGUAAAUGUUAGACUUCUGAUUUCUAAUUUCAAUAUCUUAACCUUUCAAAACUGUGUCAUAAAGUUCUGUCUGAUGUCAGUUUACUUGUAUUUUUGUAGUUUCACAAUUAUAACCACAUCAAAAGGCACACUGCAUUAAUAUGCAUACUUUUAAGCAAUAAUAAUAACAUAAUUUUUACACAGUGUUAUUGUGAAUGACAGUUGUAUUGAUGAACGCAAGGAUACUGAUAUUAUGUCCUGUUGCUUUGUGUGAAUAUUUUACCUGAAGUUUAUUAUGAUGUCGUUCUUCAAAGUUAUGUCUAACAUCUCACUGAAGACUGGAGUAAUUGCUGCUGAAAGCUUAGCUUUGCCAUCACAGGAAUAAAAUAUAAUAUAUUAGGACAGCGAACUGUUAUUUUAAACUGUAGUAAUAUUUCACAGUGUUACUUUACUGUAUUUGUGAUGAAAUAAAUGCAGCCUUGGUGAGCAGGAAACACUUUUACAA